AGCAAUGUCUGAGACACCCAUUCUUGUCGGUGUCGGCGACAUCAUCAACCGCAAUCUUGGAGUCCAUCAUGCCGCAGAGCCUGCCGAGCUAAUGCUCGAUGCCAUAUCCAUUGCUCUACUAGAUACUGGUCUCCCGUCUCAAGUCACCACCAGUCUCAAAUCUCAAUUCGACAGCAUAGAUGUGGUUCGAACCUGGACGUGGCCAUACCCUGAUCUACCUGGUUUACUCGCUGAAAGACUCGGUGCUCGACCCAGUCACAGCUAUUGCUCUCCACAUGCAGGUAACCAACCGGCUAAACUGGUCGACGAAGCAGCCCGUAAAAUCGCAAAUGGGGAGACGAGAUUUGCGGUGGUCGUCGGAGGUGAGGCAUUAGCAUCACUGGCUGCUUGUGCUAAAGCAGGAGUUAUGCCUCCGCCAAACUGGACUCCCGUCGACAAGCCUGUGACUCAAGUUUUCGCUCCUUCAACAAGCGAGAUGGCCAAGGGUAUCGGGGCGAAACAUAUGAUCGGAGCACCCAUCCAAGUAUAUCCACUUUUCGAGAACGGUCUUCGUGCUCAGAGGGGCCAGUCAUUGGAAGACAAUCACACUGAGAGUGCAAAGCUAUAUGCUGAGUUCGCCCAAGUUGCAAACAAGAAUCCAUUGGCCUGGAACUUUCCUCGAACUCCAGAAACAGAAGAAACGAUCGGCCGUGUCUCUAGCAAAAAUCGCAUGAUAUACCCCUUGCUGAUGAAUGCUUUCAAUACAAUAAACUUAGCUGGAGCGGUGAUUUUGACAUCCGUCUCGCAUGCUCGCGAAUUAGACAUCGCCAAAGACAAGUGGAUCUACGUACUUGGGGGUGCAGGCACACAAGACAGCGACAACUUCUGGGAACGGCCAGAUUUCCACUCGAGUCCUGCAAUCAGUCGCACUCUAGAUGCUGGCCUUGAGGCAUGCGGACUCAGCAAGACCGACAUAGACAUGUUCGACUUCUACAGCUGCUUUCCUAUAGUACCUAAACUCGCAUGCCUACAUCUUGGUCUAGACAUGUUGCGGCCUGGAAAACCCAUCACUCUGCUUGGCGGUCUAACAAGCUUUGGAGGAGCAGGCAACAACUACUCUAUGCAUGCAAUCACAGUCAUGGCACGAAAGCUGCGUGCAGGAAACGGCGCUCAUGGUCUUGUGCUCGCGAAUGGUGGUGUCUUGACGUAUCAGCAUGUCAUCUGUCUGUCGUCUCGACCACGAGCGGAUGGUCAGCCUUAUCCUGCUCGUAAUCCUCUACCUUCCAGACUUGAGAACAACACGGUUCCCAAGAUUGAUGAAACUGCUGAAGGAGAAGCGAUAAUUGAGGUAAGACUUCUAUACCACUAUGAGAUUGUACAGAUGCUGAAGCUGCCCAGNACAUACACGGUAAACUUUGACCGCAAGAACGAACCUUCAUUAGGUCAUAUUGUUGGUCGUUUGAAGAGUUCCGGUCACAGAUUUAUUGCCAAUCAUGGAGAUGCGGCAACGUUGAAGUGGCUUGCAAGCCGAAGUGAAGAGCCCAUUGGUAAAAGCGGCUACGUUCGAGCAGAUGGACAGGGUCACGGAAAGAACUUGUUCUUUUGGGAAAAAAGCUCUAGAUUG